UUUCUGCUCAUCCCUAGUCAUCCAAGUCAUCCAAGUCAUCCCAGUCAUCCCUAGUCAUCCCUGGUCAUCCCUAGCCAUCCCUGCCAUCCUAGUCAUCCCUCCUCAUCCCUAGUCAUCCUUAGUCAUCCUAGUCAUACGUAGUCAUCCAAGUCAUCAUUAGUCAUCCCUAGUAAUCCGCAGUCAUCUCAGGCAUCCCAAUUCAUCCCUAGUCAUCCCAGUUAUCCCUACUCAUCCCUAGUCAUCCUAGUCAUCCGUAGUCAUCCAAGUCAUCCCUAGUCAUCCCAGUCAUCUCUAGUCAUCCUAGUCAUCCGUAGUCAUCCCUAGCCAUCCCUUGUCAUCCCUAGUCAUCCCGUUCAGCCCAGUCAUCCCUAGUCAUCCCUGGACAUCAGAGUCAUCCCUAGUCAUCCCAGUCAUCCCUAGUCAUCCCAGUCAUUCCUACUCAUCCCUAGUCAUCCCUAGCCAUCCCUGUCAUCCUAGUCAUCCCUACUCAUCCUAGUCAUCCCUAGUCAUCCCUAGCCAUCCAUGUUAUCCUAGUCAUCCCUAAUCAUCCCUGGUCAUCCCUAACCAUUCCUAGCCAUCCCUAUCAUCCUAGUUAUCCCUGCUCAUCCCUAGUCUUCCAGUCAUCCUAAUCAUCCGUAGUCAUCCCAGUCAUGCCUAGUCAUCCCUAGUCAUCUCAGUCAUCCCAAUUCAUCCAUAAUAAUCCCAGUCAUCCCUAGUCAGCCCUAGUCAUCCCAAGCCAUCCCUACUCAUCCCUAGUCAUCCCAGUCAACCCAGUCAUCCCUAGUCAUCCCUAGUCAUCCUUAGUCAUCCCAGUCAUCCCUACUCAUCCCAGUCAUCCCUAGUCAUCCCAGUCAUCCCUAGUCAUCCCUAGUCAUCCCUGGUAAUCCCUAGUCAUCCUAGUCAUCCGUAGUGAUCCCAGUCAUCCCUAGUCAUCCCACUCAUCGCUAGUCAUUCUUGUCAUCCUUAGUCAUCCCUAGCCCUCCCUGUCAUCCCAGUCAUCCCAGUCAUCCCUAGUCAUUCCUGGUAAUCCCUAGUCAUCCGUUGUCAUCCUAGUCAUCCCUAGUCAUCCUUAGUCAUCCCUAGCCAUCCCUCUUAUUCUAGUCAUCCCUGCUCAUCCCUAGUCAUCCCUAGUCAUCCUAGUUAUCGGUAGUCAUCCCAGUCAUCCGUAGUCAUCCGUCUACUCAUCCGUAGUUAUCUCAGUCAUCCCUAGUCAUCCCUAGUCAUCCGUAGCCAUCCCUGGUCAUCCCAGUCAUCCCUGUCAUCCCUAGUCAUCCCUAGUCAUUCCUGGUCAUCCUUAGUCAUCCGUUGUCAUCCUAGGCAUCCGUUGUCAUCCCAGUCAUCCCUAGUCAUCCCAAGUCAUCCCCGUCAUCCCUAGUCAUCCCCCUCAUCCCUGGUCAUCCGUAGUCAUCCGAGUCAUCCCUAGUCAUCCGUAGUCAUCUCAGUCAUCCCUAGUCAUCCCAGUCAUCCCUAGUCAUUCCUAGUCAACCGUAGCCAUCCCUAGUCAUCCCUUGUCAUCCUAGUCAUCCAAGUCAUCCCUAGUAAUCCCUGGUCAUCCCCAGUCAUCCCUAGUCAUCCCUGGUCAUCCCUAGUCAUCCGCUGUCAUCCUAGUCAUACGCAGUCAUUCCAGUUAUCCCUUGUCAUCCCUUGUCAUCCCUAGCCAUCUUUAGUCAUCCCUAGUCAUCCCUAGUCAUCCAUAGCAGUCCCUGUCAUCCUAGUCAUCCCUGCUCAUCCCCAGUCAUCCUAGGCAUCGGUAGUCAUCCCAGUCAUCUCUAGUCAUCCCUAGUCAUCCCUAGUCAUCUCAGUCAUCCCUAGUCAUCCCGGUCUUCCCACUCAUCGCUAGUCAUCCUUAGUCAUUCCUGGUCAUUCCUAGUCAUCCCUAGCCAUCCCUUUCAUCCUAGUCAUCCCUGGUCAUCCCUAGUCAUCCAUAGCCAUCCCUACUGGAACAGUCUUCCUUGUAACUUAAGGGAAGCAGAGUCCCUUGGGCAAUUUAAACGAUUACUCAAAGAACUGUAAGGCACGGCAUUCGUGGAAAGCAGCUUUUUUAUUUAAAUAUUUUUAUUAUAUUAGUAUUAGGCAUUUUUAAAGCUGACGAAUUUUGUACCGUGAAUAAAUAAAGAUUAUCUAUCUAUCUAUCUAUCUAGUCAUUCUAGUCAUCCGUAGUCAUCCCAGUCAUCCCUAGUUAUCCCUAGUCAUCCCUGGGCAUCCCUACUCAUCCCUAGUAAUCCGUAGCCAUCCCUGUCAUCCUAGUCAUUCCUCCUCAUCCCUAGUCAUCCUUGUCAUCCGUAGUCAUCCCAGUUAUCCCUAGUCAUCCCUAGUCAUCCCUAGUCAUCCCUAGUCAUCCCUAGUCAUCCCAGUCAUCCCUAGUCAUCCCUAGUCAUCCCUAGUCAUCCCAGUCAUCCCUAGUCAUCCCUAGUCAUCCCUAGUCAUCCCUAGUCAUCCCAGUCAUCCCUAGUCAUCCCUAGUCAUCCCUAGUCAUCCCUAGUCAUCCCUAGUCAUCCCUAGUCAUCCCAGUCAUCCCAGUCAUCCCUAGUCAUCCCUAGUCAUCCCUAGUCAUCCCUAGUCAUCCCUAGUCAUCCCUAGUCAUCCUUAGUCAUCCCUAGUCAUCCUAGUCAUCCCUAGUCAUCCCAGUCAUCCCUAGUCAUCCCUAGUCAUCCUUAGUCAUCCCAGUCAUCCCUAGUCAUCCCUAGUCAUCCCUAGUCAUCCCAGUCAUCCCUAGUCAUCCCUAGUCAUCCCAGUCAUCCCUAGUUAUCCCAGUCAUCCCUAGUCAUCCCUAGUCAUCCCUAGUCAUCCCUAGUCAUCCCAGUCAUCCCUAGUCAUCCCUAGUCAUCCCUAGUCAUCCCUAGUCAUCCCUAGUCAUCCCUAGUCAUCCCAGUCAUCCCUAGUCAUCCUUAGUCAUCCCUAGUCAUCCCAGUCAUCGCUAGUCAUCCCUUGUCAUCCUUAAGUAAUCCUAGUCAUCCCUAGUCAUCCCAGUCAUCCUUAGUCAUCCCUAGUCAUCCCUAGUCAUCCCUAGUCAUCCCUAGUCAUCCCAGUCAUCCCUAGUCAUCCCUAGUCAUCCCAGUCAUCCCUAGUCAUCCCUAGUCAUCCCUAGUCAUCCCUAGUCAUCCCUAGUCAUCCCUAGUCAUCCUUAGUCAUCCUUAGUCCUCCUAGUCGUCGCUAGUCAUCCCUAGUCAUCCCUAGUCAUCCCAGUCAUCCCUAGACAUCCCUAGCCAUCCCAGUCGUCCGAGUAAUCCCUAGUCAUCCGUAGUCAUCCCUAGUCAUCCCAGUCAUCUUUACUCAUCCCUAGUCAUCCCAGUCAUUCCUAGUCAUCCCUAGUCAUCCCUGGUCAUCCCUAGUCAUCCCAGUCAUCCCUAGUCAUCCCUAGUCAUCCCUAGUCAUCCUAGUCAUCCCUAGUCAUCCCUAGUCAUCCCAGUCAUCCCUAGUCAUCCCUAGUCAUCCCAGUCAUCCCUAGUCAUCCUUAGUCAUCCCUAGUCAUCCCUAGUCAUCCCUAGUCAUCCCAGUCAUCCCUAGUCAUCCCUAGUCAUCCCAGUCAUCCCUAGUCAUCCCUACUCAUCCCUGUCAAACCUGAUCAUCCCUAGUCAUCCCUAGUCAUCCCAGUCAUCCCUAGUCAUCCCUAGUCAUCCCUAGUCAUCGCAGUCAUCCCCAUCAUCCCUAGUCAUCUGUAGUCAUCCCAGUCAUCCCUAGUCAUCGCAGUCAUCCCUAGUCAUCCCUAGUCAUCCCUAGUCAUCCCAGUCAUCCCUAGUCAUCCCUAGUCAUCCCUAGUCAUCCCAGUCAUCCCUAGUCAUCCCAGUCAUCCCUAGUCAUCCCAGUCAUCCCAGUCAUCCCUAGUCAUCCCUAGUCAUCCCUAGUCAUCCCUAGUCAUCCCUAGUCAUCCCUAGUCAUCCCUAGUCAUCCCUAGUCAUCCCUAGUCAUCCCAGUCAUCCCUAGUCAUCCUUUGUCAUCCCUAGUCAUCCCUAGUCAUCCCAGUCAUCCCUAGUCAUCCCAGUCAUCCCUAGUCAUCCCAGUCAUCCCUAGUCAUCCUAGUCAUCCUAGUCAUCCCUAGUCAUCCCUAGUCAUCCCUAGUCAUCCCAGUCAUCCCUAGUCAUCCUAGUCAUCCCUAGUCAUCCCUAGUCAUCCCUAGUCAUCCCUAGUCAUCCCAAGUCAUCCCUAGUCAUCCCUGGUCAUCCCCUCAUCCCUAGUCAUCCCUGGUCAUCCCUAGUCAUCCCUAAUCAUCCCUAGUCAUCCCUAGUCAUCCCUAGUCAUCCCAGUCAUCCCUAGUCAUCCCUAGUCAUCCCUAGUCAUCCCUAGUCAUCCCUAGUCAUCCCUAGUCAUCCCAGUCAUCCCUAGUCAUCCCUAGUCAUCCCUAGUCAUCCCUGGUCAUCCCUAGUCAUCCCUGUCAUCCCUAGUCAUCCCUAGUCAUUCCAGUCAUCCCUAGUCAUCCCUAGUCAUCCCUAGUCAUCCCUAGUCAUCCCAGUCAUCCCUAGUCAUCCCUUGUCAUCCCUGUCAUCCCUAGUCAUCCCUAGUCAUCCCAGUCAUCCCUAGUGAUCCGUAGUCAUCCCAGUCAUCCCAAGUCAUCCCCAGUCAUCCCAGGUAUCCCUGGUCAUCCCUAGUCAUCCCUAGUCAUCUUAGACAUCCCCAGUCAUCUUAGUCAUCCCUAGUCAUCCCAGUCAUCCCUAGUGAUCCCUAGUGAUCCCUAGUCAUCCCUAGUCAUCCCUAGUCAUCCCUAGUCAUCCCUAGUCAUCCCAGUCAUCCCUAGUCAUCCCUAGUCAUCCCUAGUCAUCCCAGUCAUCCUAGUCAUCCCUAGUCAUCCCUAGUCAUCCCUAGUCAUCCCAGUCAUCCCUAGUCAUCCCUAGUUAUCCCUAGUCAUCCCUAGUCAUCCCUAGUCAUCCCUAGUCAUCCCUAGUCAUCCCUAGUCAUCCCAGUCAUCCCUAGUCAUCCCUAGUCAUCCCUAGUCAUCCCUAGUCAUCCCUAGUCAUCCCAGUCAUCCCUAGUCAUCCCUAGUCAUCCCUAGUCAUCCCUAGUCAUCCCUAGUCAUCCUAGUCAUCCCUAGUCAUCCCUAGUCAUCCCUAGUCAUCCCUAGUCAUCCCAGUCAUCCCUAGUCAUCCCUAGUCAUCCCUGUCAUCCCUAGUCAUCCCAGUCAUCCCUAGUCAUCCUAUUCAUCCCUAGUCAUCCCUAGUCAUCCCUAGUCAUCCCAGUCAUCCCUAGUCAUCCCUAGUCAUCGCUAGUCAUCCCUAGUCAUCCCAGUCAUCCCUAGUCAUCCCAGUCAUCCCUAGUCAUCCCUAGUCAUCCCUAGUCAUCCCUAGUCAUCCCUAGUCAUCCCUAGUCAUCCCUAGUCAUCCCUAGUCAUCCCUAGUCAUCCCUAGUCAUCCCAGUCAUCCUUAGUCAUCCCAGUCAUCCUAGUCAUCCCUAGUCAUCCCUAGUCAUCCCUAGUCAUCCCUAGUCAUCCCUAGUCAUCCCAGUCAUCCCUAGUCAUCCCUAGUCAUCCCUAGUCAUCCCUAGUCAUCCCUAGUCAUCCCUAGUCAUCCCUAGUCAUCCCAGUCAUCCCUAGUCAUCCCUAGUCAUCCGUAGUCAUCCCAGUCAUCCCUAGUCAUCCCUAGUCAUCCCAGUCAUCCCUAGUCAUCCCUACCCUUCCGUAGUCUUACCAGUCAUCCCUAGUCAUCCCUAGUAACCCCAGUAAUCCCUAGUCAUCCCUAGUCAUCCCUAGUCAUCCCAGUCAUCCCUAGUCAUCCUUAGUCAUCGCAGUUAUCCCUAGUCAUCCCUUGUCGUCCCUAGUUUUCCCUAGUCAUCUCAAUCAUCCCUAGUCAUCCCUAGUCAUCCCAGUCAUCCUUAGUCAUCCCAGUCAUCCAUAGUCACCCCUAGUCAUCCUUAGUCAUCCCAGUCAUCCCUAGUCAUCCCUAGUCAUCCCUAGUCAUCUCUGUCAUCCCUAGUCAUCCCUAGUCUUUCCAGUCAUCCCUAGUUAUCCCUAGUCAUAUCUAGUCAUCCCUAGUCAUCCCAGUCAUCCCAGUAAUCCCUAGUCAUCCCUUGUCAUCCCUAGUCAUCCCUAGUCAUCCCUAGUCAUCCCUAGUCAUCCCUAGUCAUCCCAGUCAUCCCUAGUCAUCCCUAGUCAUCCCUAGUGAUCCCAGGCAUACCUAGUCAUCCCUAGUCCCCAGUCAUCCCUAGUCAUCCCAGUCAUCCCUAGUCAUCUCUAGUCAUCACUCGUCAUCCCUAGUCAUCCCUGGUCAUCCCAGUCAUCCCUAUUCAUCCCUUGUCAUCCUUAGUCAUCCCACUAAUCCCCGUCAUCCCUACUCAUCCCCAGUCAUCCCUAGUCAUCCCUAACAUUCCCUAGUCAUCCCAGUCAUCCCUAGUCAUCCCUAGUCAUCCUUAGUCAUCCCUAGUCAUCCCUAGUCAUCCUUAGUCAUCCCCAGUCAUCCCAGUCCUCCUAGUCAUCCCUUGUUAUCCCAGUCAUCCCUAGUCAUUCCUAGUCAUCCCUAGUCAUCCCAGUCAUCCUUAGUCAUCCCUAGUCAUCCUUAGUCAUCCCUAGUCAUCUCAGUCAUCCCUAGUCAUCCCUAGUCAUCCCUAGUCAUCCCUAGUCAUCCCUAGUCAUCCCUAGUCAUCCCUAGUCAUCCCUAGUCAUCCCUAGUCAUCCCUAGUCAUCCUUAGUCAUCCCUAGUCAUCCCUAGUCAUCCCAGUCAUCCUUAGUCAUCCCUAGUCAUCCCUAGUCAUCCCAGUCAUCCCUAGUCAUCCCUAGUCAUCCCAGUCAUCCCAGUCAUCCCUAGUCAUCCCAGUCAUCCCUAGUCAUCCCUAGUCAUCCCAGUCAUCCCUAGUCAUCCCUAGUCAUCCCUAGUCAUCCCAGUCAUCCCUAGUCAUCCCAGUCAUCCCUAGUCAUCCCUAGUCAUCCCAGUCAUCCCUAGUCAUCCGUAGGCAUCCGUAGGCAUCCCUACUCAUCGCAGUUAUCCCUAGUCAUCCCUUGCCUUCCGUAGUCAUCCCAGUCAUCCCUAGUCAUCCCUAGUCAUCCCUAGUAACCCUAGUAAUCCGUAGUCAUCCGUAGUCAUCCCAGUCAUCCCUAGUCAUCCCUAGUCAUCCUCAGUCAUCUCAGUCAUCCCUAGUCAUCCCUACUCAUCCCAGUCAUCCUUAGUCAUCCCAGUCAUCCUAGUCAUCCCUAGUCAUCCUCAGUCAUCCCAGUCGUCCCUAGUCAUCCCUAGUCAUCCCAGUCAUCCCUAGUCAUCCUUAGUCAUCCCUAGUCAUCCGUAGUCAUCCCAGUCAUCCUUAUUCAUCCCAGUCAUCCCAGUCAUCCCUAGUCAUCCCUAGUCAUCCCUAGUCAUCCCUAGUCAUUCCUAGUCAUCCCUAGUCAUCCCUAGUCAUCCCAGUCAUCCCUAGUCAUCCCUAGUCAUCCCUAGUCAUCCCUAGUCAUCCCUAGUCAUCCCAGUCAUCCCUAGUCAUCCCUAGUCAUCCCUGUCAUCCCUAGUCAUCCCUAGUCAUCCCUAGUCAUCCCAGUCAUCCCUAGUCAUCCCUAGUCAUCCCUAGUCAUCGCAGUCAUCCCCAUCAUCCCUAGUCAUCUGUAGUCAUCCCAGUCAUCCCUAGUCAUCGCAGUCAUCCCUAGUCAUCCCUAGUCAUCCCUAGUCAUCCCUAGUCAUCCCUAGUCAUCCCUAGUCAUCCCUAGUCAUCCCUGGUCAUCCUUAGUCAUCCCUAGUCAUCCCUAGUCAUCCCAGUCAUCCCUAGUCAUCCCUAGUCAUCCCUGGUCAUCCCUAGUCAUCCCUAGUCAUCCCUAGUCAUCCCUAGUCAUCCCUAGUCAUCCCUAGUCAUCCCUAGUCAUCCUUUGUCAUCCCAGUCAUCCCUAGUGAUCUUUAGUCAUCCCAGUUAUCCCAGUCAUCCCUUGUCAUCCCAGUGAUCCCUAGUCAUCCUAGUGAUCCCUAGUCAUCCUGGUCAUCCCUAAUCAUCCCACUCAUCCCUAGUCAUCCCUAGUCAUCCCACUCAUCCCUAGUCAUCCCUAGUCAUACCAGUCAUCCCUUGUCAUCCCACUCAUCCCUAGUCAUCCCUUGUCAUCCCAGUCAUCCCUAGUCAUCCCUAGUUAUCCCAGUCAUCCCUAGUCAUCCUUAGUGAUCCUUAGUCAUCACUAGUCAUCCCUAGUCAUAGUCAGUCAUCACAUACAUCCCUAGUGAUCAUUAGUCAUCCCAGUCAUCCCUAGCCAUCCAAGUCAUCCCUAGUCAUCCCUAGUCAUCCUCAAUCAUCACAGUCAUCGCUAGUGAUCCUUAGUCAUUCGUAUUCAUCCUUAGUCAUCCCUAGUCAUCCUUAGUCAUCCUCAGUCAUCACAGUCAUCCCAGUGAUCCCUGGUCAUCCCAGUCAUCCCUAGUCAUCCCUAGUCAUCCCAGUCAUCCCUAGUCAUCCCUGUCAUCCCUAGUCAUCCCUAGUCAUCCCUACUCAUCCUAGUCAUCCCUAGUCAUCCUUAGUCAUCCCAGUCAUCCCUAGUCAUCCCUAGUCAUCCCUAGUCAUCCCUAGUCAUCCCAGUCAUCCCUAGUCAUCCCUAGUCAUCCCUAGUCAUCCCUAGUCAUCCCUAGUCAUCCCAGUCAUCCCUAGUCAUCCCUAGUCAUCCCUAGUCAUCCCAGUCAUCCUUAGUCAUCCCUAGUCAUCCCAGUCAUCCCUAGUCAUCCCUAGUCAUCCCUAGUCAUCCCUAGUCAUCCCUAGUCAUCCCUAGUCAUCCCAGUCAUCCCUAGUCAUCCCUAGUCAUCCCUAGUCAUCCCUAGUCAUCCCUAGUCAUCCCUAGUCAUCCCUAGUCAUCCCUAGUCAUCCCUAGUCAUCCCUAGUCAUCCCUAGUCAUCCCUAGUCAUCCCAGUCAUCCCUAGUCAUCCCUAGUCAUCCUUAGUCAUCCCUAGUCACCGCAGUCAUCCUUAGUCAUCCCUAGUCAUCCCUAGUCAUUCCAGUCAUCCCUAGUCCUCCCUAGUCAUCCCAGUCGUCACUAGCCAUCCCUAGUCAUUCUUAGUCAUCCCAGUCAUCGCUAGUCAUCCCUAGUCAUCCUUAGUCAUCCCUAGUCGUCCCAGUCAUCCUUAGUCAUCCCUAGUCAUCCCUAGUCAUCCCUAGUCAUCCCUAGUCAUCCCAGUCAUCCCUAGUCAUCCCUAGUCAUCCCAGUCAUCCCUAGUCAUCCCUAGUCAUCCCACUCAUUCCUAGUCAUCCCAGUCAUCCCUUGUCAUCCCUAGUCAUUCUUAGUCAUCCCUAGUCAUCCCUAGUCAUCCCAGUCAUCCCUAGUCAUCCCUAGUCAUCCCUAGUCAUCCCAGUCAUCCCUAGUCAUCCCUAGUCAUCCCUAGUCAUCCCUAGUCAUCCCAGUCAUCCCUAGUCAUCCCUGGUCAUCCCUAGUCAUCCCAGUCAUUCCUAGUCGUCCCUAGUCAUCCCUAGUCAUCCCGAGUCAUCCCUAGUCAUCUCAGUCAUCCCUAGUCAUCCCUAGUCAUCUCUAGUCAUCCCAGUCAUCCUUAGACAUCCCAGUCAUCCAUAGUCAUCCCUAGUCUUCCUUAGUCAUCCCAGUCAUCCCUAGUCAUCCCUAGUCAUCCCUAGUCAUCCCUAGUCAUCCCUAGUCAUCCCUUGUCAUCCCAGUCAUCCCUAGUCAUCCCUAGUCAUCCCUAGUCAUCCCUAGUCAUCCCUAGUCAUCCCUAGUCAUCCCUAGUCAUCCCUAGUCAUCCCUAGUCAUCCCAGUCAUCCCUAGUCAUCCCAGUCAUCCCUAGUCAUCCCUAGUCAUCCCUAGUCAUCCCUAGUCAUCCCUAGUCAUCCCUAGUCAUCCCUAGUCAUCCCAGUCAUCCCUAGUCAUCCCUAGUCAUCCCUAGUCAUCCCAGUCAUCCCUAGUCAUCCCUAGUCAUCCCUAGUCAUCCCAGUCAUCCCUAGUCAUCCCUAGUCAUCCCUAGUCAUCCCUUGUCAUCCCUAGUCAUCCCAGUCAUCCCUAGUUAUCCCUAGUCAUCCCUAGUCAUAUCUAGUCAUUCCUAGUCAUCCCAGUCAUCCCAGUCAUCCCUAGUCGGCCCUAGUCUUCCCUUGUCAUCCCGAGUCAUCGCUACUCAUCCCUAGUCAUCCUAGUGAUCCCUAGUCAUCCAAGUCAUUCCUAGUCAUCCGAAUCAUCCCUAGUCAUCCCAGUCAUCCCCAGUGAUCCCAGUUAUCGCUAGUCAUUCCUAGUCAUUCCUAGUCAAAACAGUAAUCCCUAGUCAUCUCUAGUCAUCCCUAUUCAUCCUAGUGAUCCCGGUCAUCCCUAGUCAUGCCUAGUCAUCCCUAGUUAUCCCUAGUCAUCCCUUGGCAUCCUUUAUCAUCCCUAGUCAUCCCAGUCAUCCCUAGUUAUCCCUAGUCAUUCUUCGUCAUCCCAGUCAUCCCUAGUCAUCCCUAGUCAUCCCUAGUCAUCCCAGUCAUCCCAGUCAUCCCUAGUCAUCCCUAGUCAUUUCUAGUCAUCCCUAGUCAUCCCUAGUCAUCCCUAGUCUUCCCUAGUCAUUUCUAUUCAUCCCUAGUCAUAUGUAGUCAUCUCCAGUCAUUCCUAGUCAUCCCUCGUCAUUUCUAGUCAUCCCUAGUCAUCCCUAGUCAUCCCUGUUUAUCCCUAGUCAUCCCUAGUCAUCCCUAGUCAUCCCUAGUCAUCUCUAGUCAUCCCUUGUCAUCUCUAGUCAUUCCUAGUCAUCCCUAUUCAUCCUUAGUCAUCCCUCGUCAUCCCUAGUCAUCCCUCGUCAUCCCUAGGCAUCCUAAGUCAUCCUUAGUCAUCCCUAGUCAUCCCUAGUCAUCCCUAGUCAUCCCUAGUCAUCCCUAGUCUUCCCUAGUCAUCCCUAGUCAUCCCUAGUCAUCCCAGUCAUCCCUAGUCAUCCCUAGUCAUCCCUAGUCAUCCCUAGUCAUCCCUAGUCAUCCCUAGUCAUCCCUAGUCAUCCCUAGUCAUCCCAGUCAUCCCAGUCAUCCCUAG